AUGGAAUCAGUCAUCGCAAAGCCCAUGAGCCAUGCUAUUUCCCCAGUACCGUCAACCGGUGCUGAGAGACAGGCUUGUACAUCCAUUGAUCCCGAGGGUUUCUUCCUGCGCCCUCCGCCGACACCUCACCAUUUAUCGUCCUUUAUCACACCAGAUGACCAGUUAUUCCAAACGAUACAUAUGGGUGCUGCUGUAAUUGAUAAUGAAAAGUGGCUGCUGGUAGUUGAUGGCCUUGUUCGGAAACCGUUUGCCCUCUCUUUGGCACAACUCAAGGCGUUCCCUCAGGCUUCAGUUACGUCCUUUCACGAAUGCUACGGAAGUCCUCUGAAACCUCCAACGAGUAACCCUUGGCGUAUUGGCAACAUGGUAUGGACUGGCGUUCGACUGUCGACCAUCCUCGCUCUUGCAGAGCCUCUUCCUGAAGCAUGCUUUGUUUGGUCAGAAGGUCUUGAUCAUGGAAAGUUCUUUGAGUACGAAGCAGACCGCUAUCAGAAAGACUUACCUGUAGCGAAAGCUCAAAGAGCUGAAGUGCUCCUCGCAUUGAAGAUCAACGGAGAUCCACUCAGUAAGGAACGAGGAGGACCGGUGAGACUUGUUGUGCCGGGUUGGUUUGGCACAAAUUCGACAAAGUGGCUUUGCAGGCUUUCAUUGCAGGAGACUCGCGCCCCGGGACCUUUCGCUGCUGUUCUUUAUAAUGAGAAAGACCCAACAGAUCCUGAAAGUGUGAGGAUGCGGCCGGUAUGGGAAGUUGAAGUGAAUUCGAUGAUAACGAAGCCCGUGGACUCUGCAGCCCUUUCUGCAGGAUCGGUAUGGGUUGAAGGUUGGGCUUGGAGUCAUGAUGGAGUAGCACUGGUAGAAAUCAGUAGAGAUGAAGGACAGAGCUGGAUUCGAGGGAAGGUAGAUGACAAGGAAGAUCAGGCUUGGCAAAAAUUCACUGCCGCAGUUGAUCUUGAGCCCGGAGUUUGGAGGUUAAUGGCUCGGGCAACUUCUGAAAGUGGAAUGCAACAGCCUUUGGCUGGAAGACGGAAUCACGUCCAUAGCAUUCCGGUAAAUGUUAAAUGA